AUGACUCUUUACUACAGCUUGGUCUUCUGCCUCCUGGUAUUUGAGAUGGCCGUCUUCAUGGGCCUGAUCAUCCCGCUUCCUUUCACUGUCAAGCGGAAGCUGUUUACAUUCAUUUCGGAAAGUCCCUUAGUAGCGAAAUUUCAGUAUGGAUUGAAGAUCACAUUCAUAUUCAUAUUGAUUCUGUUCAUUGACAGCGUCAACCGCGUCUAUCGCGUGCAAUUGGAGCUCGCCUCCUUCACCAAGGAAGGCAAUGCCAUGGGUAGAGCGGCCGCACUUGGCACAGAUCGCAUGGAAGUCCAGGCUCGCAAGUUCUAUUCUCAGCGGAACAUGUACCUUUGUGGCUUCACUCUCUUCCUGUCUCUCAUCCUCAACCGUACCUAUACCAUGAUCCUGGAGGUCCUUCGCCUUGAGGACCGCGUCAAGCACCUUGAGGGCGACAAGAAGGCGGGCGGCAAGGACUCUGUCCGCCUCGCUCAGGCUGGUGAUAUCGGAGAGAUUGCACGCCUUAGGAAGGAGAUUGAGGCCAAGGACCUUGACAUUGAGACCCUGAAGAAGCAGUGUGAGGGACUUACCCGCGAAUACCACAGCUUGGGCGACAAGGUCACUGGCACCACCAACGACGGCUCCAAGAAGGAUCUGUGAUUGGGAGAAGUACCUCGCGAUGCGAAAGCUCCUUUGGUCGGGCCUCAGGAGUCUGGUUUGUGAUGGAAGGGUUGGUGGGUGAAGUUGUAGGCAAUGUUGGUUUGAGGAAGUGCUCAUCCGCUAGAGGACAGCUCAGCAUGCUGAAUGUGAGCUAUAUUGAUUGAUGAAGUGUUUCUUGGAGAAAUCGAGGUCGGAUGGCGUAUACUGUACCUUGUGUGACGGUUAUGGCGAAGCUUUUCACUUCUCGGAUGACUUGACUCGGCAGCAUGAUAUAACGAGCGUUCCAUGAGCCAUAGGUUAUGUAAAGGUGGCCGCUGAACGGUUCUAAGCGUGUAUAUUUGAACGGAUGUUGCUAUGCAACCCGCAGUGCGACGAUACAGUCUACUGUCGCGAGAGCCGGAUAGAUCCCGGGCCAGCCACUGUAAUGGAGGAAAUAAGUAUCACAAUCUCUGAGUAAAUUUACUAUUUUCGAAGCUUGC